AUGGGCAACGCGGCCAGCAGCGGCGGGGAGGCGCCGCCCGCCAAGGAGCUCAAGGGCCAGCCCGCCGCCGCCUCGCCGCUCCCCCCCAAGCAGCCGGCCGCCCCCAAGCAGCCCAUGCCCGGCGCCGGCGAGCUCGAGGAGCGCUUCGCCCACGUCCUGAAUUCCAUGAACUUACCACCAGACAAAAUGAAGUUACUCAGCCAAUAUGACAAUGAGAAGAAAUGGGAGCUGAUUUGUGACCAGGAAAGGUUCCAAGUUAAGAACCCACCUUCUGCCUACAUCCAGAAACUGAAGAGCUAUCUAGACACAGGUGGAUUGACUGGAAAGUUUAAGAGGCGGGUUCAAGAGUCCACCCAGGUUCUUCGGGAGCUGGAGAUCUCUCUGAGGACAAACCAUAUCGGCUGGGUCCAGGAAUUCCUCAAUGAAGAGAACAAGGGACUGGAUGUUUUGGUGGACUACCUGGCGUUUGCCCAGUGCUCUGUCACGUAUGAUAUGGACAGCACAGACAAUGGGAGCCCGGGUUCCGACAAGGGGAAAGCUCUGGACAGAUCUGUGGAGGACCUCAGCAGAAGCAACUCCUCCUCCCCUACGCAGGGCUGUUCCAAAACGAGGCACCCGACCGUCAGGUGUUGCCAUUUGAACCAGCAGAUCCAAACUUUCUUUCAACAAGUCCCUUCCUCCAGUGCUCCCGGGUGCGAGCUGGACCCUAAGCCCAGGCCAUCGGUCAACUCCUACUCACCCCGACUCAAUCUGGCCCACAGCAGAAAGGCUCUGCGGAACUCGCGCAUCGUCAGCCAGAAGGACGACGUUCAUGUCUGCAUCAUGUGCCUCCGUGCCAUCAUGAAUUACCAGUCAGGGUUCAGCCUUGUGAUGAAUCACCCGGCAUGCGUCAACGAGAUCACCUUGAGCCUCAACAAUAAGAGCCCCAGGACCAAAGCUCUCGUCCUUGAACUGCUGGCUGCCGUUUGCUUAGUCCGAGGAGGACACGACAUCAUCCUGGCCGCCUUCGACAACUUCAAAGAGGUCUGCGGUGAAAGGAACCACUUUGAGAAGCUGAUGGAAUAUUUCCGAAACGAAGACAGCAACAUCGAUUUCAUGGUGGCUUGCAUGCAGUUCAUCAACAUUGUGGUCCAUUCUGUGGAGAACAUGAACUUCCGUGUCUUCUUGCAGUAUGAGUUCACGCAGCUGGGACUGGACGAUUACCUCGAGAAGCUGCGCUACUCGGAGAGCGACAAGCUUCAGGUGCAGAUCCAAGCCUACCUGGACAACAUCUUUGACGUCAGCGCUUUGCUGGAAGACACGGAAACCAAGAAUGCCGUCCUCGAGCACGUGGAGGACCUGCAAGAGGAAGUGGGACAGCUUACAGAGAAACUCCAGGAGGCGGAGAACGAGUCCGUGGCCAAGAUCGCAGAGCUGGAAAAGCAGUUGAGCCAGGCGCGGCUUGAGCUGGAGACCCUGAGGGCGCAGACGGCCGAGGAUGAGCAGAACAAGAAGGAGCCAGGCGGUCAACCCAGCAGUUCCCGGAGCCCCUCCUUGCUGCAAAUGCAGCAGUCUCCAGGGGCAAAAGACCACCCCCCACCCCCGGCCUUGCAGCACAACCUGGAGGAGCUUGAAGACAGAGGGCUGAUCCGACUUUUGCGUGGACCAGACGGGGACGUCAUUGUGGGCGUCGAGGUCAUCCCCGUCACCAUGGAGACCAUGGCCACCCCAUCAAUUAUAAUUGAGGCACCUUCGUCAACCAGCACAGAUUUUCCUUUCCCGUCCCCGGUUCCAGCUGCAGCUCCGGAAAUCCCACCACCCCCACCCUUGCCUUGCGUCAAAUACACCAGCAUCCCAGUUCUCCCCCACACGCCACUGGCCAGUCUGGCUCCUCCUCCAUCACCUCCGCCCCUUCCUGGGGCUUGGGAACCUCCACCGGCUCCUCCACUUCCUGUUGGGGGAAUUGCACCCCCUCCUCCACCACCCCCACCACCCCUCCUUCCGGCAGGGGGCCCAGUGCCGCCACCUCCUCCACCCCUGCCUGUGGUUGAAGGGGUGAACCUACCUGUUGUUAGUUCAGCUGUCAAAAUCAAAAAGCCGAUACAGACCAAGUUCCGCAUGCCCUCCUUCAACUGGGUGGCUCUGAAGCCCAACCAGAUCAACGGGACAGUCUUCAACGAGCUCAACGACGAGAAGGUCCUUCAGGCGCUAGACAUGACUGCAUUUGAGGAGCAGUUCAAGACCAAGGCUCAAGGGCCCAGCUUGGAGAUCAGCAGCUUGAAGGCCAAGGCCUCCCAGAAGGCACCCAGCAAAGUGACACUGAUCGAGUGCAACCGGGCCAAGAACUUGGCGAUCACACUCCGCAAGGGAGGGCUCACCAUCGAUGGGAUCUGCAAGGCCAUCCAGACCUACGACCUCCAGUCCCUGAACCUUGAUUUCCUGGAACUGCUGAUGCGCUUCCUGCCUACAGAAUACGAGCUGACCCUGAUCCGCAAGUAUGAGAAAGAGCAGCGGCCCCUGGAGGAUCUUUCGGACGAGGACCUCUUCAUGAUCAAGUUCAGCAAGAUCCCUCGCCUGGCGGAACGCAUGAACAUCAUGACCUUCCUGGGCAACUUCGGGGACACCGUGCAGCUCCUCAUGCCACAAUUGAAUUCCAUCAUAGCUGGGUCCAUGUCGCUGAAAUCGUCCACCAAAUUGCGUCAGAUUCUGGAGAUCGUCCUGGCAUUUGGGAAUUACCUGAACAGCAGCAAACGGGGAGCGGCUUACGGAUUCCGGUUGCAGAGUCUUGAUGCACUCCUGGACAUAAAGUCAACCGACCGGAAGCAGACGUUGCUUCAUUACAUCGUGGGGGUGAUCCAGGAGAAAUACCCGGAGCUUGUAAACUUCUCCAAUGAAUUGCACUUCUUGGAUAAAGCUGGGGCAGUGUCACUGGACAGCGUCCUGCAAGACGUGCGGGGUCUGCAACGGGGCAUGGAGCUCACCCGGAAAGAGUUCAUGCGCCAAGACGACAGUGCUGUGCUCAAGGACUUCCUCAAGGCCAACACGGAGGUGAUGGAGAAGCUCCAGGCAGACAGCAAAACAGCCCAGGAGGCCUACGAGUCCACAGUGGAGUACUUUGGGGAGAAUCCCAAGACUACUCCUCCCGCCAUGUUCUUCCCGACGUUCAUACGCUUCGUCAAGGCCUAUAAGAAAGCAGAAGAGGACCUCCAGCUAUGGAAGAAGCGGGAAGCAGCUGCCAAGGAGGACGAAGUGGACUCCAACAGGAAAGAGGACCAGUCGGCACCAAAGUCUCCCACCCACAAGGCCAAGCGGCAACAGAUGGACCUCAUAGCCGAACUGAAGAAGAAGCAGCUGGUGAAGGAGCCCAUCAUUUACGAGGGGAAGGACGGAGCCAUCGAAGACAUCAUUACAGGCCUGAGGAGCCAGCCAUACCGGCGGGGGGACACCGGGCGGCACAGCGGCAGGAAACGGAUCGCCGGGCAAACGCUGCAGGUGACGGCCGACAUCUCGCUGUGAGGACCACGAAGGGCGAAGAGCCAGCUCUCCAGGCCUCGGCUGAGGGGAGUGAGGAGUUCGCAGACAGGA